UGUAUAAUAGGUCUUCUGAAUGAUGGCGCGCCAUUUUUGUGAGCUAUCGUUACGCAUGACUGAGAGGGGUAUUCGAAAUCUGAGAAAUGUGCCAAAUAAUUGAACUCCCCGAAGAUGGCCCUGUGUGUCCUCACGGUAUCAUGUUGAAAAUAGUUAACAAGAGUUCUGAAUCAUUUCACUAUGCUUGUUCAGCAUUCCGUGGCAAGGACGAAUGCAAAAGACAAGAGCUAUAUCGAAAAAAUACUUUGAACAAUUGGUCAGUGGAGGAUAUUCUUAGUAGCGUCCAAUCAAACAGAGCCUAUUGUUCCACUUGUGAUUGUCUAUUUUCAAUGGUAACUGAAAGAAAAAAGCAUAAGAUGCAUGAAUAUAGAGGAGAUCUGUCAGAUAAUUUAUUAACCAUGCCAUCAUAUUUAUUAAAGCCUCUAGGAGACUCUAAAGCUCAUGCGCAAUACUUUUUCUCUUUAAAUUGUUUAAAUCAACUAUAUUCAAUUAUAAACAAUCUAUCAGUGAAUUAUGUUGUUUGUAUUGGAUCACCCCGUCUUCAUGACUUCAUUCAACUUCAGCUUGCACACAGAGGACAGUUGACAAACUCUUAUUUGUUGGACAUUGAUUUUCGACUGACUAACUUUUAUCGUUCACAUAACUUUUCACAAUACAACAUGGUAAAUGGAUUUUUCUUCAGUCAACAAGACAAAGAGAAUUUUUAUAAUUUUAUCAAGGAAAAUGUGAAGUCUAUGCACAAAUGUUUGAUAUUUUGUGAUCCUCCGUUCGCCGCACCAUUGUCAUUAAUCAUAAAACAGAUCGAAGUAUUACAAAAUUCAGUUAUAAGGUGCAUUAAUCAAAAUAUUGGGGGUAACUACAUAAUGUACGAGAUUACUGUGAUUUUCGUCAGUUUCCAAGGUCAAAAAGAGUGAAGAUAGCAAUACGAACGAUGAGAACACUUAUGCGUAUUUGAUGGCCCUCCCAUACUUUUUUGAGAAGAAGUUACAGAAAAUUGCACCGUUUAUAAAUUUGUUGGACUAUAAAGUAAUCAGUAUUUUUUGUUACUUACUUUAGACUACGAUUGUUUAUUAAGAUGACGUAUGAGAAUCAUUCAAGAUUGGAUUGUGAUAGCAAUAAUCCUGAUAUUAGUCGAAGUAAUACAAUCAACAAUGAUAACCAGGCAAAUAGAGGAAAAAGACGAGAUUCAAUUGUUCGUCUGUUUACAAAUCUCUCACCUUCAUUAGUUCAUCCACCUAAAUCACUGGAGGCAUCAUUCAGGUUUUGUGAAAUUUGCCAGCGUUAUUCACACAUCACGAAUGUACACUGUCUCAAGUGCAAUCGUUGUACAACUAAGAAUGGACCAACUUAUGUACACUGUGAUAAAUGCGGUCGCUGUAGAUCUUCAAAGAAAUUCCACUGUAAUUAUUGUGAACGAUGUGUGUCUGUAGAUCAAUGUGUUCAUCAGUCGAAGCGUCCAAAACUCCUCAAAUAACUCUAUCAAAUUGUAAAUUCAUUUCUAAAAAAAGAUGUAGAUUCAAUAUAUUUCUUACUCUCUUAUAGUUUGUUUUGUUUUCGAAACAGCUGUCUUGUUUGACUUUGGCGGUCAUGUUUGCUUUUCUUAAUGAUAUCGAAAUCGUUAGAUGAAUUGAUCUGAGCUAUUUAAGUUCAAUAAGAAUUCACUAUCCGGGAUUUAUUUAUUUA